GCCACACAUUAACAUCUACGAUGGACAUCGCCAUCCAACUAUAAAUCAACCCUGCUAUUUACUCAUCAUAUUUUUACCCUCCCAAAGGAGACAACUCCGAAAAAUUCCUUUCAGACCGUCCGCACUGCCACUUCCAAACAUGACAUCGUUCCACUUCACAUCCAACCAAGCAUCUCCGGCUUCCCUCGUGGUGAGGUUGACUCAUGACAUCCGCUAGCUCCUCGCUGGCUUACGCCCUUCCGGCUACCAGAUACAUCUUCCCGUCAGCAGCAAACCUACCAAAUCCAGUCAUACAUGCGGCAACAACGGGGAGCGAUCCACCAUGGUGGGCUACUAUCAGUGGAUACGUCCACAGCCUCGACAUGGGUUGUUUUGCCAGCCUUAAAAUAUAAUUAUUCGUCCGUAUUCCACUAUCUUCCACUCUUUGACAAAACUCUUCCAAUCUUCUCUCUCUCGGAUCGAGAAAACUGCAAACUUAACUCUCCCAUUGCAUUCUCGCCGUCAAAAGCUCGCCCACCAUGGACCGCGGCGAGGAGAACCAGCCUUUUAUACCGUUGGAGGAGAGUGAGGGUGGCCAGCGUCAGCCUAUCCAUCAUGACGAGGACUCCUACCAACCGCCACAGCAAAUUAUGCUGAAGCCCUCCCUCUUGAUCGGCCUGCUGAUGUUUACUAUCGCAGCAGCACAGAGCAUGACUAUUCUGAGCAUCCUAAAGAUAGGACUAUGCCAGGCAAUAGCCGCUGACCCUGGCCAUAAGCCCAACGACAACGGCCCUGGUUGCGGAUUCGCUCGCCGCCGCUCUCUUCAAGGAAACCCAACCGAAAGGAUCACUGAUCAGUCAAUGAGCAUCCCUUUUCCUUCCUCAGUGGUUACCGCGGUGGUAAUUGUGCCGCUAGCUAUUGCAGCACAACGGAUUGGAAAGAAAACAGUGCUCGUGGCAGCUCUAGCUAGCGUGCUUCUUGCGCAACUUUUCUCGACUAUUGUUGUCCUUACCAAUGGCAUACUUCCUAAGCGGCUCCUUUGGCUAUCCUCCGCGCUUGAGUCACUCGUCGGAGGUUACGAAAUCAUGCGAAUUAUUGCACUAGCGCUUGCCACCAACGUCGUACCCAGACAACACCUCUUGACCACUUUUCUUGGCCUCAACAUGAUUUAUGACCUGGGACACAUGGCACCCGCCGGUCUUGUGUUACCGUGGAAUAUCAACCCUCUCAUCACACUGGUUGUUGGCCUCUUUAGCCACGGAUUAAUAUUCCUCGUUGCCAAGUUCAUCGACGAAGAGGAGCAUAUAGUCCCUGAUGAGCCGUUGAAGAUGAUUACCGCCCCUGUCAUCGAUACUUUUGGAUGCUUGCGAAAUGUUGGCUCUAUGACAGACGAGCUUUUGCGAAUAUGGAGACUAAUUUGCAGAGACAAGCGAAUGAUUUUUGUUCUUGUCUCCAUGUUCCUUUCCUCACUUUUGACGCCAAUUUUGUCAAUCUUUCGGGUUGCCAUACCAGUUAUUUCGCUACCCUGGGCCAUUCCAACUCUCAUCAUCAGUCAUUUGUGCUAUUUCUGGGGCUGCUGCGGUCGCUCUAUAUCACCACUUUCUAAAGCUUUGUGGCUGGCGCGAGUACUUGCAAUCCUGGCGCUCCCUGCAGCCGUUUUGUUUGGCCUUCCAAUUGAUUCCUCCGAUCCUGCGAGGGCAUUCCUUGGAUUUACCACCAUGGGGGCAUAUUUUACGUUCCAAAUUGUCCUUAGUUACGUUUUUAUCGAACUGCAAGAUAAUUGCACCGAUACUGCUGCAUUGCUAGCAGUAGUAGUUGCCAUCGAUGCCCUUGUGACGAUGGUUUGGCUCCCACUGGUACCAUUGGUGGUGCUAGCAGGUUCUCAAGCCGACCUCAUCAGCUUAAUCGUCUAUAGUGUGGCGAUUAUCCUCCUAUUCUGUAUCUGGCCAAGAGCAAAAGACAAAGCUAGCGUCACUAAUGAGGCGCAAUCAUACGAGCGUUUCGAAACAGGAGGCAUCUAGAACACGGAGCUUACGCGAUACAGUAUCAAAUAAUGACAUAUAAUGAUUAUUUUAUAUACUAUUCUAACUCGUCAAUAUCAUACCAUCUCUUUUCCGCUCAUAUUUCUUUUAGCUUAAAUAGGCUCGUCACGAGGCUCAAUCAAUACUUCAUUCACUGCAACGUGCUGCGGCUGGCAGACCGCAUAGAUAAUAGAGGCAGCCACAUCCUCAGGAUCCAAAACCUUGGCUCCAGUGGGCUCACCAUACUUCUUAAUAGCUUCCGCAUCCGUAGACAUGCCGAGAAGUUCUGUCAUUGUGUUGCCAGGCUGAACAGAAGUGACUCUCAGGCCAGAUCCAACCGUCUCAAGGCGCAAGCUCUGCAGCGUAGCUUCGACAAAGAACUUGCUGGCAGAGUAGACGCCUAGUCCUGGGAAUACCUUUCUUCCGGCAUCGGAUGAGAUGGCAACAAUAUGGCCGCUGCCUCUCUUGAGCAUGCCUGGAACGGUCGACGACAGGCAGUGCAAAAGACCCUUGCAGUUGACGUCGACAGUGCGCUCCCACUCAUCAGUCUGGUUGUUGGCCAUCAUAGUAAAGUACAUGACACCCGCGCAGCUCACAAGGAUAUCAACAGGGCCAAGUUCCUCCUCUGUCGUGGUCAUGAGAUUUUCUACAUCAGCCUUCUUGGUGACAUCUGUCUUUUGAAUCAAAACCUUGGUUCCGUAGCCCGCCAGCUUUGCCUUGAUCUUCUUCAGAGCAUCCGUUCGUCUAGCAGCCAGGGCAACGUGCGCACCUUCUUUAGCCAAUGCAGCAGCAACAGCGGCACCAAUUCCUGACGAUGCGCCAGUGACGACGGCAACCUUGCCAGACAAACGACCCUUACUUCGGAUGCAGAUACCAUUGGCCUGGAGGCGCUUCGGAGGCUGAGGCAGCCAACCUCUAGCGUAGAAGUGGCGAGCAUAUGUCUCCCAGAGCGUGGCGUCAAUUGCAGGUCGGCGAACACCAUAGGUGUCCAAUGCGGGCUGUGUCGCAUCUGUCUUGACGACAAUGACAGACUUGAGCACCUCUUCUGUGGGCAUACCUCCACGUAGAAUAUCAACAGUGAAUGGCUCGUCUCCGGCCUUGCCGCCGCCCCUCUUCUCAUUCCACAACGACACCCACUGGUCCCAUGGAAGGCGAGUGGUCUUGUAGCCAAGCUGUUCAAGGUAGUCAAAGAUUUGGCUAGCAUUGAUGGGCUUGGGGUCACCAAGAUGGUAGACGGACUGGUUCGUACCGGUAUGGUUGGCGAGCGUGAUGAUAGCCUUGCUGACGAAAUCGACGGGGGUCAUCUCCGCAACCCAGUCCUUCACAUCGGGAGCGCAUCCUAGUUGCAGCGAUUCUACAAUGAGAGCAUUAAGCAAAUCGUAGGUGUUGGUCGAGCCGGUAACCGAGUGACCGCUAAUAGUACCAGGGCGGUAGACCUUAACAGGCAGACCGCGUCGUCCAGCUUCGUAGACCAGCUUCUCAGCAACCCACUUCGUCUGGCCGUAGCCAUCGAGCAGCUUGUGCGGUACCGAGUCAACGUCCACCAUUUUCUCUUCAGGCCAGCCUUCGGCAGACGGGGGCAGAACACCAUUGGUAGAGAUGUGGUGGACAGUAGCACCGGUGCGAGAGGCCAGGCGAAGAAUCUCUCGUGUACCGCCAACGUUUGCAUUUCUCAGCGCGGCGUAGGGGUAUACCAAGUUGACAGUGGCGGCUGCGUGGAUGAUGACGUCGACUCUUGUAGCGAGCUCGUCAAAUGAUUCGGGAGAGAGACCUAGUCGCUUCCUGGCCAGGUUACCAGGGAAGAUUUCAAAUCUCUCCAGCAUAGAAUCAUCCCAAAUUCCCAAGUCAAUGAGAUUUUUUCGGACACGCGCAAUACCGGCUGGCUUGCACUCUUCCGAGGGCUCUGUAAAUCGAACCAAGCAGAUAAUGUGCGCCGAGGUCGAUUCGAUGAUGGACUUGAGCAAAAAGCCUCCGAGAUAUCCAGUUGCGCCGGUCAAAAGCACAGUGUCGGCAUCGGAUAGACGACACAUUCGGGCACUAGUGGAUUGAAUCUCGUCUGGAAGACGGCAGUCGGCGCGCAGGACAGCAGGAAGAUCAGCUUGAACUGCUUCUGUGUGUCCAUCGCGAGCUGCCUUGACAGCUUCCAAGUGACCCUCGAGAGUCGGCGUACCAGCAAGGGGUCCCAAGGGAACAGGGAAUCCAAAAGCCUUGGAGAGUCUGCUAGCCAGGUCUGCCAGACUCAAGGAGUGGCCGCCCAGGUCGAAAAAGUCAAGCUUGGUAUCAAUAGCACUCGCUGGCAUGUUUAGCGAUGCAGCCCACAUGCGAAUAAUUGCCUCCAUCUUAAUCUUGACGUUUGUGUCCGCCUUCUUCUCAUUUGGUGGAGUCUUUGGUGAUGGAGGUGGAGGCAAAGCCUUCAAAUCUGUCUUUCCAGAAACUCCGUGCGUAGGCAGCUCGUCAAGCUCAACCCACAGAGGGGGGAUCAUGUAUUGAGCUAGAUGGUCAGACAAUGCGCGGCGGGCGACGGGACUGUAGCCAUUCUCAUCCAUAACGACAAUGGUACGGUCUCUUGUCUCACUCUUAUCCAAAACCACGUAAGCUACCAAUUGGCGCUGUAGACCUUCGCCGUGGGCAAUGACAGCGCAGUCGCGGACAGCCAAGUGCUUGACAAUGGCGGUUUCGACAGCACCAGGCUGGACAGUGUAACCUCUUGUUUUGAUCAUGCCACCCACUCUACCCGUAAUUUCAAGGUGGCCAGAAGGAAGCAGACGUGCGAGAUCACCAGUUCGGUACAUUCUCGCACCGGGCGUCUUCUCAAAGGGAUCCGACUGGAAGGCCUUUGCCGUCGUCUCAGGCAAGUUGAGGUACCCUCUAGCCAGAAAAUCUCCACCAACGUAUAGUUCGCCGCUGUCGCCAAUGUUGACUCUGUUGCCGGCCUCGUCAAGGAUAUAAGUGUGGUCAGGGUCGGAGGGAGGGCCAACCGGACAGACGCGGGCUUCUUGGUUCGCAAAGCAGUUGAUGUCGCCCAUUGCGGAUUCAUGGGUUUCGCUUGCGCUGUACACAUUUAGCAGGCGGGUGUUGGGCAGAGCCUGUGUAGCUCGUCUGCAAAGAUCAGUGGUGACGACUUCGCCGUUGAGCCAGAGAGAUUUCAAAUCGGGCAGCUUCUUGCCAAGAUCGGGGUGUCGAGAAAGAACAGUUGUCAGGAGAGUGGGUGUCAUGAGGGUAUCGGUGAUUUUGCGAUCGCUCAAGUACUGUACAAGAGCAAUUGGGUCGUAGCUUGCGCUGUCUGGUACAGCAACGGUGGUGGCUCCUCGGAGCAGUGGGCGGAGCAUCUCCCAGACAAAGAAGACGUUGCAGGCAACACGGUCUCCGGGGAGCAAAUCUCUGAGACCGAAUCGGGCAUUAUACGAGUAUACUGCGGCACGGUGGGGGUUGGCAAUUCCCUUUGGCUGUCCUGUUGUUCCAGAAGAAUAGGAAACAAAGGCCAAUCGCUCGAGAUCGUCGUCUGCAGGCAAUGGGGGCUUAGCGUCCACCACGGGUGCCUGAGCAUGGCCAUUUGUGUAGCCCUCUGGCUGGUCAAUCAUAAUUACUGGCACAUCAGCCUUUAUAUUCCCAGCAUGGGCCAUCUGUGUCACAAUAACAGCAGGCUGGGCAUCAUUGAUGACGUCUCGCAGCAAAGUAGAAGGGUAUGCGACUUCAAGCACCAGAAAAGCACCACCAGCUCGCAAAGCUGCCACAGACGCAAUGACAUUAUCCGCACUACGGCUCAUAAGAAUGCCGACAAGAGAGUCUCUGCCCACGCCGUGGUCUCGCAGUCGGUCUGCAAGUGCCCAUGUUUCGCUGUCGAGCUGUGCGUAUGUGAGGGUUCGCUUCUCGUCCUCGAGGGCAAUUGCGUCUGGUGUAGCUUGGGCCUGCUGCUCAAAGAGCGCUGCCAGGUCUUUCGUAGUGUCAAUGAAACACAUGAUUAUGUAUGAUAGAGGUUUGGUGCAAUUCGGAAGAGAAAGAAACGGCUUUUUGUGCGGGGUGGCUUGACGAGGUUGUUUGGAAUCAAAGACUGCAGGCCCUAGAUUAUAAUGGAAUAAUUGAGCAGCUGCCUUGAACCUGGAGACUCUGGGUAUUCUUUUCCAAGCAAGACGGGCAAAAAAAUAAAGGAAAAGAAAAAGGCGGUCUCUGCCAAACUGAUCGCGUGUCUGUUGGAGAGAGGUGGGAUGGGGAACCCCAAAAGUUUAUGAGCCGCCAGCCCACCAGUUAUCACAUGUCGUGCGCCACCUGCCCCUGGCGAUUGGGUGCUACAGUGGGCUGCUGCAGUGGGCGACGAG